AUGCGAGCACACCGGACGCGCCACCUGUCCCGCUCCUUUGUUUCGGCCCGCGAACGUCGGCGGAGGUCGUCCAAACGAUCGAGCCACGCACGUCGCGAUUCGGCCCGCGAUCGCUGUCUAGACGUUGCGUUGUAUCGUCCGAUCGAUUGCGCGGACGGGCCUCAGACGGUCAUCGACCCCAGCGGGCGCAUCGGUGACGUUACGCUCCGC